UUCAAGAUGGCGGCGCGCUUGAGGCAAGUUGCGGUAUAUAGAAGAAGUUUGAGCACAAUUUCACGGCGGAAAAUUGCCUCCGCUAAACGAGCUGAUAAAGUGAUAGACAGAAUAAUCCGUGUUGAUCAUGCCGGAGAACUUGGAGCUGAUCGCAUUUAUGCUGGACAGUACGCGGUGCUGCGAAAUACUAGCGCCGGCCCCGUCAUCAAGGAAAUGUGGGAACAAGAAAAGGAUCAUUUAGAUAAAUUUGAAAAACUAAUAAAUGAGAGAAGAGUUAGACCAACACUACUACAUCCAUUGUGGAAUGCUGYUGGUUAUUUACUAGGUGCUGGUACUGCAUUACUUGGCAAAGAAGCUGCCAUGGCAUGUACAGUUGCAGUAGAAGAAAUCAUUGGUGAUCAUUAUGAUAGCCAACUUAGAGAAUUAUUACAAGAUGGAAUCCAAGAAGAGCAUAAAGAUUUACUUCAGACAAUUCAACAAUUUCGCGAUGAUGAGCUUGAACACUUAGACAAGGGCAAUGAACAUGGAGCAGAUCAGGCUCCAUUUUAUGGAUUCCUCAAACAGACAAUACAAACAGGUUGUAAAAUAGCAAUAAAAAUAGCAGAGAAAGUCUGACAGUACAUACCUUUUGUGGUUAGUAGUUAGAUAAAGGACUUUAUUUUCAACAUCAGUUACUUCUGAUGUCACUUUUUGUUUGUAUACAUCUUACCUGUGUAAAUAGCUGAAAUUGCUUUGCCAUCUUCCUUCUCCACUUUAGUAUGACAGUGUAUGUGUGAAGAUCUUAUAAGGGCUUUGUAAGGUCAAAGCUUGCAGUCCUAAGUCAAGAAAAUUUGUUGCUUUCUGUGAAUCAGAUAAGUGAAUGAUGCUGUGGGUAGAAUUAAUGAAAUAAUUUUAUAUUGUUAAUUAUUAUAUCACCAUACUAAUUUAUUUGCAAGCAGACUGAAUUAAUAUUAAGUGCAACGAUUGAUAAAGUCCACACAAAUCAAUAAAAACAAACUACUUUAUUGUUAAGAAAAUAUUUUAUUACCAAUAAGGGCAUGAUGACAAUUGUUAUGUUUCUACUUUAUGCAUUCUUUAAUUAAAGUAACCCAAUACUGAA